AUGGCAAAAAGUUCAGCAAAAGGGAAAAAAAAGAUCGUUGACCAACCCAUCAAAACCAUAGACGCCGUUAUACCAGUUUCUACACCUACAGGCUCUGUACAUUUUGACGAAUUUCUAAAUGUAUGUAGACAACCAAAAUUACCAUAUAUACCAAUUGAACCUGUAAAACCCUCAAAAAAAGACAAAAUAAAAGAGGGUAAAACACCCAAAAUCCAAAUAGUUGAUGAACCAGAUAUUCCGGAAAAAUCAAGUUUGCCAACAUUGUUUCCUCUGAUAAAGGCCUUACUACUACCUGCCGAUGAUGAUAUUAUUGAAGAAACCCCUUUAAUUUCGGUACGUAGUUAAACAUUUCAUUUAUAACGAUGAAAGUAUAAUACACUUGAUAUGUGUUAUAGGAAUUUGCCGUUGGUAAAACAAAUCCAUCCAUUUUUAAUAACAAAAAGUCGAUGCAAGCAAUAAACGAAAUCGAGCAGCAAGCAAACAGUGCAGUUGACAAAAUAAAUAUAGUGCAAGACCAAAUAAAAAUUAUAAUGCAGGUUAAUAACACCAAAUUUAAACUAAAUAAUUAUUUAUGAACGUAUAUUACGAUGACCAUUAAAUUUUACAGAAACCCAAAUUAAACGAACGUGAAACUGUUGAAUUGGAAGAACAACAGACGUUGCUCUUGAAAUUGUUAAAUGAUUUUGAAAAUUGUUUAGAGAAAAUUCGUGACAUAUAUUAUACUGAACAACAAGAAAAUGCUAACAACGACGACAACGAUAAUUGGUUUGACGCUGACGACGAAAACUUUGACCUUGGAAAACAACAUUUUAAGUGUAACAAUAUAGAAAAAUUCGAUACAAACAAAUGUAAUAUCAUAGACAAAUUCGACACAAUUACAACCAAGUCUCAGAAAACGGUACGAAAUUAAUGAAAUUAAAAAAAAAUGAAUAUUAAUUUAAAUAAUAUGAAAUAAUGUGAUCUGUAAAUCACCUUUUUUGCAGUAAUAUUUUUAGCAUUUUUUUAAUUAGUAAAUUUGAUAAUAAAAAAUGUUUCCCCAAAUUGUGGCAUUUACAACGAAAUAAAAGGGGAAAUGAACUUUCGGCCUUUCACAAAUUUCUGUAGUUUAAUACUUGAAAAUUGCAAAUAAAAAAUUCUAUAAUACUUUUAUUUUCAUGCAUUAGUUUGGCCACAGUAAAAUACUAUAAUAUCGGUCUGUGAAAAAGUAUCGCAAAUUACAAGGUGUCCGAGAAAAUGUGACCAGACAAAUAAAUUAAUUUUUUAUUUUAUACCUUAGAAUAAUCAAGAAGGUUAUAAAUGGUACGAAAGUGCUGAUUUAACAUAUCUUCUGUCGCCAAAUACAUCAUUUGACAAGGGAGUGAGCCAAUCCGUGUCGUCCGGCCUUAUCAGAAUACUCGAUGAAUUAAAAGAUAAGAACAAUUCUACGCAAAAUAAUGCAAAACUGAAUGAAGUGUUCAGGAGACUUAGAGCGAAAUUCGCCAUAUUAUUACCGCCACCAAGAUCGGAUGUAUAUAUGUUUAACUUUAGUACACAUUUAUUUAAUUGUUUGUUUAAAAAUGUUCUUUUUUCAGAACACCAAAGAAAAUUUAAUAUGGCUGGAUCAACAACUUUAUAAAGAUCAUCGAGCUAUGUUGGAUGCUACAAAAAAUUUAAAACUAUUUAUGUGUGGGAAUCAAUUUGAACUCAAAUAUAAUAUUAUAAACGCGUUGAUAAUAUCAAUGAAGGACGCUAUUAUGUCAACUUCUCCGGUUAGUUUCUUCGACAAUAAUUAAAUACCCACUAUCUACACUCCAUAAUAACAAAUAAACCUAUUAUUGAAACAAUUUUUAUAAUAUUUGAGUUAAACAUAACAUUCGACAAAAAAACUAUUAUUAUGAAAUAAUAAAAUAAUACAGUAAAAACAAAAUUAUUAAAUGGUUGAUACUAGUAAAUAAAUAUAUAACUAAAUUAAUAAAUAAAUUAUUUAAUUAAUUAAUGCGUCGCCCGGAGUAUUAUGAUAUGUGUAUUGUAUGAUCGGUUUCAAAAAGAAAAUUCAUCAUCAGAUAAAAUCACAAAGUAAAAAAGUAAAACGCGACUGAAUGUGAACAAAUAAAUGAAAGAAUACAUAGAAAAAAUGUAUUGAAUUAAAAAAAAGAUAUUUUUUGAGAAUAAGGGUGAUUAGAAUCUUGCGGUAUUAUAGCAUCAGUUUGUGUAGGUUUCCUUCUGAUUUUUAAUAUAGGUUUCCAUUUGAAAAUCCAAAGUAAAUAGUUUCCGAGAUAAUGAGUGUACCACUUAAAUGGAUAACCCGGUAUAAAGGAUACACUCUUAAUGAAUGGUUUACAAAAUAACCAUAGUUCGGAAUCCGGUAAAUUAUUUUUUCAAAUACAAAUAUUUUAAACAUUUACAGUUUUAUUAUGCGACUAAGGACUUAAAAACUGAGUUUGUGGCUGAGCAAGGUGUUCUUGUACAAGAGUUGGACGAAUUCAAACGAAAAAUGAAGGACACAUUUUUAAAAGCCGGUCUAUCAGAUUAUUGGAAAAUAAAUCCCGAAUCCAUAAGACUUGGCGACAAACCUUGUUUUGAAGUUACAAUACGAAAACGUAAUUCGGAAACUACAAAUAUCGAUCCCACAUUAAACGGACAGACAUUAUUAUCAUUUAUACAUCGCAAUCCGUUUAUAACAAAAAAUGAAAAUUGCAAAGGUAAAUAAUGAUUAUCAAUAAUAAUCAUAUUUAUUUGUAGGAAAAUGGAAAAUUAUUACGUGGUUGAAAACUGUAUGAGUAACUAAUAUUAUUUUAUUUUUACAGGAAUAAUCAAGAGGGUAAAUUCGAUGGACAGCGAAUUAGAAGUCGUCAACACUCAUUACGACUAA